AUGGACGUAUGUCGUCUCCUUCUCUUCGUCUUUCUCGUUUUGCUGAACAACUGGCCCCUAUAUUUUGUGGAGGCGGCUCGGGAGAAAGAUGUGCAGCGCGAGACAGGACAGACGCACCAGCGACAUAGCCAGCUCCGCGUACAGAGAAACGGGGUAGUCCCGCCCACAAACGAGGGGAACACGGGACGAAGUGCGUCGUUGGAAUCGCUGUUCAACUCUUCGGAGGAAACUGAAGCGUGUUCGGGUCACGCGCCUGCCCGUAGACACCGCAGAUCGGGGAAAAAGCGAGAUGGGCGAGCGCGCCCUCGCGAUUUUCAUCCUCCGCUGAGCAAGAGACUUCCCUCUCGCAAGGAUAGCCUUCUGCCAGUACUUGGCGUGGCUGCCGCGAUUCUGCUCUUCAGUGCGCUUGAAAGACGCAGGGGGGCAGGGGCUGAAAAGACCAGCUUGCGUCACCCUGAACUCUUUGUUCCGCUGGAGAUUCUGCCUGACAUUCCGCUUCCGUUCAUGGCGCAGGAAGACAAUACUCUUCAGAUUGUCACGGGAGCAACGGUGGUAAAGCGUGUCUCUCCCGGCGAGCCGCAGCAGCCGCUGCUAAAAUGGGAAUGGACAUCGGUCAAUCUGGUGAUCCCUGGCCUUCCCGUGCGGCCUCUCCGCACGGCUGAACGCGGCGCGAUCGACGGGCGCGUGUUUCGCGACCCUUCCAUUCCCAGAGCGUUUCACAUUGCUCCAAAAGCCGAUCUCGAGCGCCAAACUGUCACAUUCUACCAUCCAGACGUUCAGGACGGACGUGUUUCGUACCGGAUUGAAACCAAGCCCCUGGAUACUGCGUACAGAGCGCUAGAGCAGCAGCGAAGCCAAGCUGUCCAGCGCGGCGCAGAAUUCAUUUCCAAUAUGAACGUAAAGGGAUUCUGGUUCCCUCCUCCACCCGAAGGGCAUACGCCCUCGCCUAUUGUGCAUCUGCGCAACGAAAAAGUAACAGUUUUCGAGGUUAACCCUGAAGCGCCCGGCAGGCUGACGCAGCGUACCGAGCGCCUACAACUCUCCACCACCGCUGCGGCCAUGUCACAAAUGACUGCGUGGAGUGUAGGACGCUGGCUGAUUGCGAAAACUGAGUGA